AUGGUAAAACAUCCAUUCUUUGUUCCUUCUCUCAUAGGAACUACGAUUUUGUCGUCUUCAACAGAUGGAACCAAAGAUGUUUAUAAAUGGAAGAAUCACCCAUUCUUCGAUUAUUACUCCAAAUUGGAGAGUUUGUUGAAUGUCAAGUUCAGUAAACUGAGAAAUGUCUCGUUUCACAUGAAACCGAUCGAACUACACAUGCAAAGUCUCUGUGAACUACUCAAUAAGCAGAAAAAACAUUACAAAGACCCCUUGAAUUGUGAGAGAGCGAUACCAACAAAGUCACAGUACCUCAAAUCGUUCGGUUUGGACCUCUCUCUCAGCUUAGAAGAACUUUUUGAUGAAUCAGAAACGUCAUUAAAUUCGAAUGAACAGCCAAAUCACUGGUCCUCUGUAUUACCGGCCAGAUUUAUUGAAAGGAAUUAUGAACUUGACUCGAAAUUCGAUCGGCUCGUACACAAGUCAUUUGCACUUUUAAAGAAGCACUGGGUGGAAAAAGGCUACAUGGACGAGGAUGGUAAUCUACUGGAUGAACCAAUUUACAAGUUUAAUCUCGUUUCUAAAAAUACCCUGGGGACAAAUGUUGGUGCAAAGAGCGCCCCUUAUCUGCUUUUAGGUGUUAAAAGACGUUUUGGAUUUUUUAAAAGGCAUGAAAACAAAGAAGAGGUCUUUUUGACUGAAGAUUUGUCUUCCAAAGAUGAUUCGAGCAUAUCGGAUCCAUAUGAUAUUUCGUACAUUCCUGAUCAAAUACCCUCUACGGAAUCUCUUUACUCCAUAAAUCAGUCAUUGGUUACUCAUGGAGUUGCUGUAGUGAGGAAGGUUUUCACAAGGGAACAGAUUAAGCAAAUUAAAAAAAUGUUACACAUAAAAACUACACUGGCCAGAGAAACUGCAUUCAAAAUUUUGGAAGUUGAUCCAAACGUUUCAGCCAUGAAAUAUUCCAGAGGUCGCAUACACUGCAUUUUAAGAGGGACCUCCUUCAACGAACUUAUCUCCCCCCUUCAGGCAUUCUGGAUGCCAAUAGUGUAUUAUAAUAUGAAGACCAAUAGGUAUAAUUUGCGCAUGCUAAUGCAAACACAUUUAGAUACAUUGAGCUAUGCAGAACCGUGGCAUAGAAGUAAUCGUCGCUUUGGCUUAAAUGUAGUUGUACCUCUAGAUGAUAUUGAUGUCAAUGGUGGGAGGAUCCAAUUUCUCACCGGGACACAGGGUGAUUCAAACAAAAAUUUUGCCUACGAAAUAGGUCCAUCUGGAGUAGAUUUGGAAGUCGGAGAUAUUCUCAUUUAUAAUUCUAGUAUUCUACAUCGCAAUACAAUUAAUGAAACAAACGUCUGCCGGAGCAUGUUGAUAUUUACAUACGAUCACACGGAUACUCCUCCACCAGGCCAAGGAACCACAAGGUCUAUAUUUGAUAAAUUCUACGGAAACUUUGUCGUAGGAAUCAAUAAGAUGUUUUAUUAG